AUGUCCCUGAAGCCUCGUGACUACAUCCUCGCCGGCUUUGGUGGCUUUGUCGCUUGGGGUUUUGCGAUUCGCUGGCUUCCCGUUCUUCGAUACCUCGGAUAUGCUCUGGCUCUAGGCGCUUUUCUCUCUUCGACCGCUAUAUUUGGCCUCGUCCUUCUAACGACACGGAAUUCCAGUACUGCAAACCUCGUCCAUUCCAAGACCCUCCCCCUCCCUGUCGCAUUCGUUUCCCGUCAGCAUUGGAAGAAGGAACUGAACGAGUUCCAGAGGCGCUCCAAGUACCAAGCCGAGUCGCUGUACCCUCAGUCCUUUAUUGUAUCGGAAGGCAUAGACGAGAUCCUCUCGCUGAUUACCCGUGACUUCAUCUCGUCCUGGCACCGCAGCAUUACCCCGAACCCCGCUUUCCCAAACGAGGUGGAUAGGGUGAUCCGGACAGCGGUUGGGAACCUACGUGACCGGCUGCUAGCGGAAGAUAUUGUGUCAUUGCUUGUCUCACGCAUCUUCCCAGUCCUUACCACGCACCUCAAGGAGUUUGAUAUCGCAGAGCGGUCAGUGAGGGGAAAGAACCUGACCCGCAACGUCACCGAGUCCGAGGAGUUGGACCUUGCCAUUGCAAGUAAAUACCGUGAUGGCCACUUGCAUCCAGCCGCGGUGCUUUCGCUGUCUGACCAGAAGGCGGUAGAACAAGAAUAUUUACGGAAGAUCACAGUUGGAUUGCUUCCUCAGCUGUUUCCUGAGAAUGUUCUCAACAGCCGCAUUGUCUCUGUCCUCAUUAGGGAAAUUGUGUCAUGUGCCGUCCUAUUCCCGCUCAUCUCAGUUCUUUCCGACCCUGACACUUGGAAUCAAUUGAUGGAAGCGUAUGGCCGGACAGCUCUUCAAGAUCGGAAAACUGUACGCAAGCUCCGGGCCGCCCUUGAUGAGCAUGCUUCUCCGGCUCCCAAGUCAAAGCGCGGCAAUCCGUUUCCACGUCUUGGCCCCAAUGAUUCUGAGCGGGCGUUUGAGCGAUUCGUUCGAACCAUUCGACGCUGCAAUAACCUUUCCGAUGCCCGGCGAUUCCGAGCCCUUGUCGCGAGCCAGUUGAAACGGGAGUCCAUGGUAGAGGGGCAGGACCCAGUCUAUCUUCGGCGACUCGAAACUGGCAAGCGAGUUUUGGAUCAAAAGGUAUCGAAACUUUCAAUAUCUGGCACCCAGACAUCGCACGCUGCAGCCGCUGCCUCGCACUUUCGUCGAAAGAGCUCGUCCGCAGCUCACGAAGCGUCUCUGGUGGACGUGAUGCAUGACGCUUCUGGUCUUUCUUAUUUCAUGGAGUUCAUGGACCGCCAGCACCUCAUGUCGCUCGUGCAAUUCUGGAUUGUGGUUGAUGGAUUCCGUAAUCCACUGGAAGACGACUUUGGAGACGAGUCAUCCCCUACCUCCAAGACCUGGACCACCGCGGACAGGAAUGACAUGGCUCUAAUAAGUGAGACGUAUCUCACCAAGCCUGAACUCAAAGUGACGGACGAAUCUCGGCAGAUUGUCAAGGCCUUUUUGAGCGCGGGAAAACGUGCCACCCCAGAGCAGUACCGUAAAGCUCGCACGGUGGUUUUGACUACUCAGUCAGCCGUGCUUGAGGAACUCCAAGAUGUUUAUUAUCCCAAGUUCAAGCAGUCAGACCUAUUCUAUAAAUACCUUGCUUCUGAUGAAGCUUCCCAUUUUCCUGCUCCCGCGCCAUUAUCGCCCACAUCCCAGCAAAGCCCUGCAAACAACACCCUUGAGCCCCGGGACAGGCGCCCGCUUCCUCCGUUAUUGAGCCGAACGACUUCCCAUCCAGGCUCCAAACCCAAGAAAGAUCUUCGGAGAGCAGCCAUCUCAUCAAACGAUGUGUCUAGCAUGGGAAAGCUCUUUGAUGAUGAGGAACCUGCAAGGCGCUCUAUAGACUCCGAACGCUCAGUUCCCCCAUUUGACGAUGACUAUGACACCGACCCGCUUGCAAUGUCUACUCAAAGUCUCAACAGAGAGAACGGUGACACCGAGGUCAAUGAGAACAGGGUUAUUGAAAACAUGGAGGCUGCACUAAACGAUAUCAUCACAAACGAACCAAACAAUGGAAGACUUGAGGAACUUUCUGCGAAUGAUCCGGGUCAAAAGUCGCCACGCAGCUCGCUUGAGUUUUCAAAGGUGGAAAAUCGAACGGACGAUAGAUUGAAACCCAGUAUCGCGUCGCUGGGGCUGGUGGAGAAGUCUUCGCGCCGCGGGGUAUUCGAUGACGACCUGUUUCCUGAACAGCAAAGAUACCUUGAGGAUGAGUAUGAAGAGCCGGACGGAGCAGAUGACAAAGACCCUGCAGAUGAGGUACACGAAGCGGCUCCCGGAGACCUAGGUCUCACCGAAGCGAUCGAAGCCCUCGCAGUAGACAUUGAAAAACUCGGGUCGCAAGAAGCAGUGGUCGAUACCCUAACACGAAAAGCCGAGCUUACGAACAACACGGCAGAGCUACGAAUCUUGCGAAAGUCCAAGGCAAGCAUUCAACGAGAGCUGCACCGCAAAGAGAUGCAACGCCAGCAAUACAUGAUACAAGAAAGUGACAAUAGUUUGUACGGCCGGUCGACCAUUCGAAUCAAAUCCAUCGUUGUGGGUAAAGAGGAGGAUGGUCGAGAGUAUGCUGUGUAUGUUGUGGAGGUACAAAGAAACGCUGGAGAGCAGAUGCCGGCGGCAUCUUGGGUGGUGGCACGUAGAUACAGCGAGUUCCACGAGCUCCACCACCAGCUUCGCAUGCGAUAUCCGUCUGUGCGUCAACUGGAGUUUCCUCGGCGGCGAAUGGUAAUGAAAUUACAAAAAGAAUUUCUGCACAAACGGCGUCUAGCAUUAGAGGUAUAUCUCCAGAAGCUUCUCCUUCUCCCAGAGGUAUGCCGGAGCCGGGACUUGCGCGCUUUCUUAUCUCAACGGGCGAUCAUUCCACGCAGUGAGGCUGCUCCCCGAGAUGGAGAGUCCAAGGACCUUGUGACGCGGAUAUACAAUUCAGUUGCUGACGGGAUGGACGACUUCCUCGGCAACUUUGGCGUGCUCGAUCAACUUUCAAUCGCAGGGCAGAAUCUCAUAUCCGCAGCCACAAAUCAACAGCAGCAACCCAACGUUGUCGUUACUCCAACAGACUCGGGGCUCGCCACCGAAGACGCCGUCACGGCAGCCGAAGCCGAAGCUGAACUCAAUGCCUUUGAAGACCGCGAACUAGAGCCCUUCAUCAAACCCAUCUGCGAUCUCUUCCUAGAAACUUUUGAGCUGAACAGGGGAAACAACUGGCUUCGCGGCCGCGCUGUUGUCGUCGUCCUCCACCAAUUACUCGGCGGCACAAUCGAACGCAAAGUCCGCGAGAGCGCUCGCUCAUUCGUUCAAGAUGAGCACCUUCUCCGCUACCUCGCCCUCGCCCGAGAUACACUCUGGCCUGGCGGUGUGCUCCGCGAGAACAAGGUCCGCACAGCUUCGGAACGCAUGAGGAGCCGCACAGAAGCUAGUCUUGUCCUCGCAACCCUCGUUCCUGAUCUCGCAGGGAAUGUGGUCGGACGAGCAAACGCUCAGGCUGCCGCCAGAAGGAUCUUCGCUACGCUGAACAACCAACGUCUUAACGCUCACCUGAUUUUCUCAAUCUUGGACGAGAUUGUCCUGGUCUUGUUCGGUGGGGAAAAGGCCACAGGGCGGACUCGGUCGACAUGA